CCCUUCCCACCCUCUCCUUUCUCCUCACCUUUUUCUUUCUUCUUUUCCCCUUCACCCAUCCUCCAUUUUAUCAUCCCAAUAAAUCCUCUUUAUUCAUAUAUAAAUAUACAUGUACCAACUAUACACAAACUACUUAAUCAAGUGUCUACAAAAUAUAUAGAACUCCAUAGAAAACAAAUUUUUUUUCUAAGUUUUGAGUAUGACAGAACCCUACUAUAAUUUCUUCACAGGAUGGUUCAACUUCCUUCCUCUUCAUCAACAAUAUAUUUCAUCUUCCAACUUUUGUUACAACAAAGAAAUUGCACCUUCUUCACCACCACUAAGAGAAGCUCUUCCACUUCUCAACAACAACAAUAAUAAUAAUAAGUAUUCUUGUGAGAGUAGUACUACUACUUUUUCUCAUGAGGAAAAUACUACUACUAAUUAUUAUAAUGAAAAUGUGAGUGUAUCUCUACAUAUAGGGCUUCCAAAUUCAUGUGAAGGAGUAGUAGAUAGUGGAGGAAAUAAAGAAGAAGAUCAAUUUGAUGUGGUUUCUAAUGAUAACAAUAAUACACUAAAUAAGGGACAAUAUUGGAUCCCUACUCCUUCUCAAAUCCUCAUUGGUCCAACACAAUUCUCUUGCCAUCUUUGCUACAAGACUUUCAACAGAUACAACAAUCUUCAGAUGCAUAUGUGGGGACAUGGAUCUCAAUACAGAAAAGGUCCAGAAUCUUUAAGAGGUACACAACCAAGUGCAAUGCUAAGGCUACCAUGUUACUGUUGUGCACCUGGUUGUAAACACAACAUUGAUCAUCCAAGAGCAAGGCCAUUAAAAGACUUUAGAACACUUCAAACACAUUACAAGAGGAAGCAUGGUGCCAAACCUUUCAUGUGUAGAAAAUGUGGUAAGCCAUUUGCUGUGAAAGGUGAUUGGAGAACUCAUGAGAAGAAUUGUGGUAAGAUUUGGUAUUGUAUUUGUGGAUCUGAUUUUAAGCAUAAGAGGUCUCUAAAAGAUCAUAUUAAGUCAUUUGGACGCGGUCAUGGCGCGGUUGGGGUACCUAAUCUUGAAGAACUAGAGGAAGAAUCAACGUCCGAGAUUGAACAAGAUUUAAUGUAAAUCGUUGUUUACAGUUCAGUGCUAAGAACUUUAAAGGUCGAAGGCUUUUGUUCGCCCUCGAACGAGCUAUAUGUUGACUUUUGCUUUUGUUAUGAUAUUCAAAUUCUCUUUUUUAAAGUUUGUUCUAUUUUAUUUUUAUUUUUG